AUUGUUUCUGCAGGGGCUUUCACAAUGGCUGAUAGUGGGGAAAGCUCUUCUUCUCCUUCAUCAUCGAAGCCCAUGAAUGGAAAGCCAGUGGUUGUUCGGCUAAAAAGGAAAGCUUCCCAGUCGAGGGUUGACGGGCUUUGGCUAGAGAUAACUGAGAGGCCAGUCAAACGGCCUUUAUUGGAUUUUGGGAAGCUAUCCAUCUCUGGUUCGAUUGGGAAAGAUGAAUUGAAGACCAAAAAGAUUUUUGUACAGCAUGUGGAGACAGUUAGCAGUACUGAGGCUACAGUUGAUAUUUUGCAUUCAUUUGUGGUCGGUGUGAUGGUUCUUGCCAAAAAUGCUCGCUUUGAACAAAUAUGGAAGAGCCUGAAAGAAAACAAAGAGACCGUACUUGAUGAUUCACUACGAGAAAUAUGUCAUCUCUAUGAUGCAUGUUGUUCGGAUACCACUUUGGAGGAUAACAUAACUUUGUGUAAUUAUUUGCCUCUAAUAAGAGAGUUCCUUCCUAAUGCUAUAGCAGAAAUCAAAUCUGAUAUUCAAGCUUACAUGUCCAAACAAGCAUCAACAGAUAGCUACGUAUAUGACUUGUACACUGUGUACGAUAAUCUGGAUGCAACUGAUUUCUCAGAUGCAUAUCCUCUGGUUCAAGUUGAUGAGGAGGAUUUCUACGAUGGCCAAAGUCAUUCUGAGUAUGAAAGUGAUGAUUCAAAUGCUGAAGAUAAUCCAUUGAAUGAUUAUCCCGAUGAGGAGACAUCUGAAGAGGAUGAAGUCCAUUCCCAUAGUGAAGCGGAAGAAGGUGAAAGCAGUGUCUCGAGUAAUCAAUCUGAGCAUCAGUCGGAAGAUGCAGGUGCAUUAUAUGAGGAAGAAGUUUUUGUUGAUGAUGAGCUUGGUGUUAUCGUCAGUUAUGAAGAUGAUGAAUAUGAUGAUGAAGACUGGAGGUCAGAGUAUCAUUGAGGUUCAUCUCUAGCGGUAUCCAUACUUUCACGUGGUCAAGAACAUCCAUAGUUCGUGUGUGAACAUUGUUCAUCCUUUGGAUGUUACAUCCCUGAUGGAUCUAUGUUUUGUUGCCUUGAGGAAACAGUUGAAUGUAGUGCCAAUGGUAUAUUGUGGUAAAGGAAUACAGAACCCCCUCUACAAAACCUUUAUCUUCGGCCA